CAGCAGGCUGAUUGAUUAGUUCUUACGUGAAAAUGGACCUAACAAGUUCCACCAAAGUUGUGCUCUUGGCCUUGGUGCUCCAUGCUCCAUUCUGCCAAUCUAAUAGUUAUAGUGAUUUCAACAGUUUUCCGUCCGAGUACGAAGAAGCUUACAACAAAUACAAGCAAUUUGGCAUUCCGGGUGGUUUAGACAAUGCAACCGACUAUUUGCCCAGUGUUUUCGCCCCGGAACUGCUUGACUACAAUCGAUUAACCGACCAAAUUGACUAUGUGAUUAGCAGAUUUAGAAAUUACCGAUUACCGGUAAAUAAUGAGCAGUAUUAUCAACAUAGGCACGCAUCAGAGGACCCAUGUGAAGCACAUGGAGAAUACGAUUUUAUUAUUGCUGGAACGGGCACAGCAGGUGGAGUUUUGGCCAACAGACUUACAGAGGAAAACUUCAAGGUAUUAGCUUUGGAAGCUGGUGAAGAAUCUCCAACUCUAUCCAACAUGUUGGGAAUCAGUGUUUACCUGCAUCAUUCGGGACUGAAUUGGGGAUAUAAUACCACCAAACAAAGAUUCGGUUGCUUGGGAUCUCGAGGACAUAGGUGUUUCUACCCCAGAGGACACGUGCUAGGAGGCAGCAGUGUUAUCAAUUUUGGAAUGUACGUUCGUGGACAUCGCAUUGAUUUCGAUAAAUGGGAAGAGCUUGGCAAUCCUGGAUGGGGUUACGACGAAAUUUUGCCUUAUUUCCGUAAACCCGAACACGCCACUUUUACUGAGAACAUUGAUCCUGCUUACCAUGGUUUCGAUGGGCCUCAAAGAAUUGGUGUUCCUGAGGAUAUUCCUUUCAUGUCAGAGGCGAUUAUUCAAGCACACAAAGAAAUUGGGAAGCGUGAACUGGACUAUAAUGGUGAAGAUCAAGAUGGAGUGAGCAGACUUCAAUUUUUCUUGGAUAGAAAUGUGCGAGCCAGUACGUACCAUGCAUUCAUAGACCCGGUUAGACAUCGCAGGAACCUGAAAAUCGGUACAAGAUCGUACGUGACCAAAGUGCUAAUCGCGGGAAAAAGAGCAUACGGCGUCGAGUAUGUGAAAGAUGGAAAAACCUGCUUCGCCACUGCAAAGAAGGAAGUUAUACUGUCGGCCGGUGCAAUUAAUUCUCCUCAAAUCCUCAUGCUGUCUGGAAUCGGGCCAUCUGAAGAACUACUGAGACAUGGAAUUGAAGUUAUCAAGGAUUUACCAGUAGGUAGAAAUUUACAAGACCACCUGUUCUUCCCAGGAGUCUUUUACAGACAACCACACAAAUUUUAUGAUGAAAGUGUAAGCGAUCACGUGAAAGCAUGGACGAAGAACCAACGACCUCUAACUCCCAGCCUUGGUCAGACUGCAGUCAGCUUCUUCAAUUUCGAAGGACCAGAAAAUAGUCAGCCGGAAGUUGAACUUUUCUUUUUCGGACCACCCCUAGUUACUUCAGAUUUAGCCUACAUUUUUGGGUUUGAUGAUAAUCACAUUGAAGCUUUCCGUACCCUGAAUGGUCUCACCGACCUUUGCGUCAACAUUGAAUUGCUCCAUCCUAAAUCGAGAGGAACUGUUACCUUGCAGUCGAAAGAUCCCAAAGAUUUUCCAUUAAUCGACACUAAUUAUUUCUCAGACCCCGAGGACAGCGAUAUUGAAAAUAUGUACUUGGGUGUGUUGGCUGCACUUGAAUUGGGCCAUACCGAAGCAUUCAAGAAACUGAAUCUCGAAUUGCUUGUGAUUCCUUUUCCUGAUUGCGAUUAUCAAUAUGAGCAAUUGUCAAAGGUUUGGUGGUAUUGUGCAUUGAGGAGUAUUUCUACUACCCUCUUCCAUCCGAUUGGGACCACAUCUAUGGGUCCAGAUCCUCACACUUCUGUUGUCGAUGCUGAUUUGAAAGUCCAUGGAAUUCAGGGAUUAAGGGUGGUCGACGCUGGAAUUAUGCCAGAUCAUAUUUCGGGACAUCCAAAUGCGGCAGUUGUUAUGAUUGCCGAAAAAACUGCGGAUGCUAUUAAGCACGAACAUUCAGUCCAUUCGUCUUUCCAUCAUUCUCAUGAAUUUGAUCACGAUCACUUCCAUUCCCAUCCCGAGGCUCAUCCUCAUGCUCAUCCAUUCCACGUACAUCAUUAUAAAUAAGCAAGGAAAUACAUAGGCUAAAUGUGAGGUGGAUAUUAAGGCCAGUUCCUAUGUAAAGAAUUAGAUUAUGAUAUACGAAUUGUAUAUACCCUAGCUAUUAUUAAAUGGUUUGAAAUA